UUUAACCUCACUCCUCUCUCUCUCUAGCCUCUGCACACACACUCUCUCUCUACUCUGUCUCUCUCUCUCUCUCUAGCCUCUGCGCGCAGACCCACCUCGCGAAUUCGUCUCCGGCUGCUCUGCAGUGUCCGAUUCCCCCGUAAAGUUCCGAUUUUGAUCGGGGAAGCAAACCCUUAAACCACCCACCAAGUCCUCCGCCGCCGCUCCCGGCCUCGCAUUCUCCGAGAUUCGCCCCGGGGCUUCGUGGGCAUACCCGCCAAAUGCGGCGCCGCUAGGGUUUUGCCGCCACCUCCUCCUCCAGAUGAGUCCCUCCCUGUCCGCGUUCUCCGUCCUCCUCCUCCUCCUCCUCCUCGCCGCGGUCCGCUCCGGAUCCGAGCCCGACGCCGCAUUCCUCUUGGAGUUCAAGAAGGGGAUCCAGGUCGACCCGCUCGGGAAGGUGCUCGGGUCAUGGGCCGAGCCCGGGUCGGGCCAGUGCCCCGGCUCGUGGACCGGGGUCACCUGCGACGGCUCCGGCGCCCGCGUCAGCGGGAUAGCCCUCGACCGGCUCGGGCUCUCCGGGGAGCUCAAGUUCCAGACCCUGAUCGGCCUGACGAUGCUGCAGAACCUCAGCCUCUCGGGUAACAACUUCACGGGUCGGAUCGCGCCCGCAUUGGGCUCCAUGGCCUCGCUCCAGCAUUUGGAUCUGUCCGGCAACAGCUUCUAUGGCCCGAUCCCCGCGAGAAUCACGGAUUUGUACAAUUUGAACUCCCUGAAUUUGUCGCUGAACAGGUUCGUGGGCGAGUUUCCAUUUGGGAUUCGGAACUUGCAGCAGAUGAAGAACUUCGAUUUGCACGGGAAUGCUCUUCGGGGUGAUAUUGGCGAGUUGUUGACUGAGCUGCGGAAUGUGGAGUAUGUGGAUUUGAGUGGCAAUUACUUCUCUGGGAGUAUCUCAAUUGGAGUUCAGAAUGUUUCUAGCUUGGCAAAUACAGUGCAUUUUCUGAAUUUGAGCCAUAAUGCCUUAAAUGGUGGAUUCUUCGAUGCUGAUUCGAUCAGAUUGUUUAGAAACUUGGAGGUUUUGGAUAUGGGCAAUAAUACGAUUACUGGGCAGCUGCCUUCGUUUGGUGCAUUGCCCAAUUUGCGGGUCGUACGAUUGGCAAAUAAUCUGCUGUUUGGGUCAUUGCCGAAGGAGUUGUUUGAGUCAUUGAUUCCACUGGACGAACUGGAUCUCAGUGGAAAUGGUUUCACAGAUUCGAUUCCAGAGAUUAAUUCUACCACGUUGAGGACUUUGAAACUUUCUUCAAAUCGUUUAUCUGGUUCCUUGCCUGAUCUACCAAUCACCUGUACGACGGUGGAUUUGAGCGGCAAUAUGAUCUCUAGUGACAUAUCUACCAUUCAGAACUGGCAAGCGCCAUUGGAAUUUCUAGAUCUGAGUUCAAACAAACUGUCAGGAACCUUUCCCAAUCUGAGCUCUCAAUUUGAGAGCUUAAUUACCUUGAAAAUGGGGAAUAAUUCCUUACUAGGCGUUUUACCCUCUUUAUAUGGCAGCUACCAGAAAUUGUCUACUGUUGACCUUAGCUUGAAUGAAUUUCAUGGGCCAAUUCCAGCUGGGUUCUUCAUGUCCACUUUGACUUUCUUGAAUCUAUCUGGUAAUCGAUUGACCGGGCCAAUUCCUCUUCAAAGUUCACACGUGAGUGAAUUGCUAGCUAUGCCUUCUUCCCAACAAAUGGAGUCUCUUGAUCUUUCUGGAAAUUCCUUGAGUGGCCCACUGCCUGCGGAGAUAGGGAACAUGGGGAGGCUCAAAUUGCUGAGUCUUGCAAGGAAUGGACUAUCAGGUCAACUGCCUAGUGAGUUGAGCAAACUUACAUAUUUGGAGUACCUUGAUUUGUCGAGCAACAAAUUUUCUGGUGAAAUUCCUGUGAAUCUUCCAUCCAGCCUCGCUGUAUUUAAUGUGUCACUUAAUGAGCUGUCGGGUAAAGUCCCUGAUAACUUGCAAAGAUUUCCCAGUUCGUCAUUUAAGCCUGGAAAUCCUUCGCUAGCCUUGGGAAAGCAUGCCUCAUCACCAAAUUCCAAUAGCAACCAGUAUGGCAAUUCGGGUAAACAUAACAGCUCGAAAGGUAGUAUAAGAGUGGCAAUCAUUGUUGCCUCAGUCGGGGCUGCAAUGAUGAUUGUUUUUGUUUUAUUGGCAUAUCAUCGAGCACAGCUCAAAGAAUUUCAUGGGAGAAGCGGGUUCAGUGGCCAAAGUUCAGGGAGAGAUGUAAAGGUUGAAAGAUUUGCACGUCCUUCCCUAUUUAAAUUCCACUCAAGUGGUCAGCCUCCACCUACUUCAUUGAGCUUCUCGAAUGACCACUUGCUAACUUCAAAUUCUAGAUCAUUAUCGGGGCAAGCAGAGUUCACAACUGAAAUUGCAGAGAAUAUUGCACCUGAGGGAGUGGCAGUUACUUCAUCUUCUGCUGUCCCUAAUUUGAUUGAUAUUCAGCCUACAACAUCAGGAAGGAAGUCUUCUCCAGGAUCACCUCUAUCUUCCUCACCCCAACUUAUUGAGGUAUAUGAACAGCCUGUACGGUUGGAUGUUUACUCACCUGAUCGACUGGCUGGAGAAUUGUUCUUCUUGGACCCUUCCCUGGCUUUUACUGCAGAAGAGUUGUCACGAGCUCCAGCAGAAGUUCUUGGCAGAAGCAGUCAUGGUACUCUAUACAAGGCUACUCUUGAUAAUGGUCAUACAUUAACUGUGAAGUGGCUGAGAGUGGGACUAGUCAAACAUAAGAAAGAGUUUGCUAAGGAAGUCAAAAAGAUUGGCUCCAUGAGGCAUCCUAACAUUGUUUCACUGCAAGCAUAUUAUUGGGGACCCAGGGAGCAAGAGAGGCUCCUUUUAGCUGACUACAUCCAGGGAGAUAGCUUGGCAUUGCAUCUUUAUGAAACAACGCCCCGGAGGUACUCCCCAUUGUCGUUCAGCCAAAGGCUAAAAGUUGCCGUCGAUGUUGCUCGAUGUCUCACAUACCUUCACGACAAGGGUCUUCCUCAUGGAAACUUAAAGCCAACAAAUAUACUUCUGUCGGGCCCCGAGUACAAUGUUCUCCUCACAGAUUACGGUCUCCACCGCUUGAUGACAGCUGCUGGGAUUGCAGAGCAGAUACUGAAUCUCGGAGCAUUGGGGUACCGUGCUCCUGAGCUCGCUACUGCAGCCAAACCGCUGCCAUCCUAUAAGGCCGAUGUUUACACGUUUGGAGUAAUUAUGAUGGAAUUAUUGACUCGGAGAAGCGCUGGAGACAUUAUUUCAGGGCAAUCUGGAGCCGUUGAUUUGACCGAUUGGGUUCGCCUUUGUGAUGAAGAAGGGCGAGGAAUGGACUGUGUCGAUCGGGACAUUGCAGGUGGAGAAGAACACUCUGCAGCGAUGGACGAGAUGCUCGCGAUUUCGCUCAGGUGUAUUAAUUCUGUAAAUGAAAGGCCUAAUAUUAGACAAGUCUUUGACGAGCUGUGUGCAAUCUCUCUCUGAAAAGUGUACAUUGUGUGUGUUGGAAGUUAGGUUUUUAUUAUGUUUUUUCUCUCUGUUUUUUUUUUUUUUGCUUUUUUACUUGACCCAAUUGUUUUGUUCCUUAUUUUUCCCUCUUAAUUGGUUUCCAGCCUUGUUAUUUUUGGCUAAUUAUUACAUCUUCCUUUUACGGAAAGCUCAUUGUAAAGGGAUGAUUCAUCCAUUGAUUUAUUCAAGUGUUCUAGUUUGAUCGUAA